AUGAAGCUUCCCAUAGUCAUCGCUGCUUGUCUGACCGUCCUUCCGGGCUUUGUAACAGCGCAGGUCGGUUCUUUGGAUGAGAACGGCCGACCCACAAACUAUACAGCUUACUACUUUGAUCAACUUAUCGAUCACUUUCAAAAUAGCUCUCGCUAUGCACCAAACACCAAUGCCACCUUUACCCAGAGAUACUAUUUCGAUAACACCUACUACAAGCCCGGUGGUCCUGUGUUUCUCUAUAUUGGUGGCGAGACAUCUGGACCGUCGCGCUUCUCGAACCUUCAGACUGGCAUCAUUCAAAUUCUCGCAAAUGCAACUGGCGGUCUAGGCGUCAUUCUCGAAAACAGAUACUAUGGCGAAAGCUAUCCCUUUGACAAUUCUACCACCGACAACCUUCGAUUCUUGACCACUGAACAGACGAUAGCAGACAACGCCUACUUCGCUCAGCAUGCCACUUUCCCCAACGUCACCGGUGGUGACAAUCUCACCGCCCCGGGAACUCCUUGGAUCUUGUAUGGCGGCAGCCUGGCAGGUGCCCAGACUGCCUUUUCACUUGUGGAGUAUUCGGGGCUGCUCUGGGGUGGCAUUGCUGCUUCAGGUGUUGUACAUGCCGUUCACGGCUAUCCUGAAUGGUACAAUCCGAUACAAAAGAAUGGGCCUCCGGAGGCUAUCUCGCGAAUCAACAAGAUCGUCGACAAGAUUGACUAUCUCAUCAAGAAGAACGAGACAAAGGCCAUUCAACAGCUGAAAGAGAUCUUUGGACUCGGUAGUUUGGGUGAUCUCCGAGACUUCGCACAGACGAUUGCAUUCCCGCUUGGUGGCCCCAUGAACUACCCGACCUACACCUGGCAAGAACUGAACUGGUAUCCAGGCUAUGAUCAUCCAGACUUGUUUUGGUUUGCCAACAACAUCACGGACACGAACGCGCCGGCAAACAUCACUGCAGUUGAUACGCAGCUGGCUAACUACACCAACGGAUCGCCGUGGACAGGGCUCGGGGCGUGGGCCAAUUAUGUCAAAGAAGUGAUUGUCUCGACGUGUCCUAGCGAAGACUUGAUUGGCACUACCUCAUGCUUCUCUACUCAAAAUCAAACAUUCUAUGCCGAGACCGACAACUCGGCCUUCCGGUCGUAUCUCUACAGCACCUGCACCGAACAAGGCGCUUAUCAAGUGCCACAACCCUACGGGACUCCUUCCCUCCUGUCGCGGGUUAUCGAUCUUAACUAUACCCAGCAGUGGUGCACUUGGGCCUUCCCCCCCGGUCCCCUCUCACCACAAGCAGUGCCCUCUCCGCAUGGACCAAAUCUAACAUGGUACAACAAAUAUGGCGACUUCAAGAUUUCGGCGCCACGACUGUCGUUUAUCGACGGCGGGAGCGACGUCUGGCGGGACGUGACCUACCACGGGCGCAACGCCAGCACCCGGUACGGCGAGAACCAGUUCCUCAUUACUGGUGCAGGACACCAUUGGGACAGUUACGGAAUCCUGAACAUCAGUGCCGAGCCUGACUUUAUCAAGGCGGCGCACGAAUGGGAAUUGCGGCAGGUGCAGACUUGGCUGAAGGAAUGGGAUACGAAGCACGGUGGAAAGAGAAAGAGGGAUGAAUUGUAG